AGCGGAGAGCUCAGAUCAACACAGCAGCCGACGUAGCAGAGCAGCCAUGAUCAAGCUGGUGUGUCUAGUGGUGGUGUUGGUGGCGGCGGCGAGCGCGCAGUACUCGCCGGGUCCGGCCCCCUGGGCUCCUGGCCCGGGCCCUGCCCCCGGACCAGCUCCCGGCCCCUGGGGUCCCGCCCCCGGACCCUGGGGACCCGCCCCCGGACCCGGACCCGCUCCAGGUCCCGCACCCGCACCCUGGGCGCCCGCCCCCGCGCCGCACCUGCCACCGCCCCCACCGCCCCCACGCCCGCUGGUGCCCGCCCCCGGACCCGGCCCCAGCUCGGUGACCAGCGACGCCACGUCGCAGGUGCACUCGCCGUGGGCCGUCUCCAGCUGGCACCGCAGCCAGACCAUCCUGCGCCCGCAGCCCGUGCCAGCCCGCAUCGUGCUCGAGUAGGAGCGCCCGCCACCUCUGAUGGAGUUCCCCGGCCGCACUUGUAGUGCAUACAGCACGCCAAUCUAGCAAAUAAACACGUUUUUGUUACA